CGACUGCUGAUUUUUUCACCCUUGAUAUUGAAGAGCUACUAGCUACUUUAUCAACAGAAGAAUGUCCAACAAAGAUAUUGCUGACGCAAUGAAGAGAUUUUUUCAGAACCUCCCAGUACUUGAUUCAGAAGAUCCACCAGAAGACGAAGAAGGCAAUGGUUACGGUUUUCGUGAGGGUCCUCAAAGAUGUACUGAAAACGGCCUUAUAGUUCAAGAAUUCUUCAUAGAUCAUGAACUCAAGAAAUUGAUUUUUCAUGAUGACGGAGAACUACUUGACCAUUGGGAAGAUAAAUUUAGCUGUAAGAUUUCGUUUAGCUAUGACCCUUAUCAAUCAUAUGACAGGACGCAGUUGUGCAAGCCUAUGUCUGACCUCUUAACCAUCACUGGGAGCAGGGCAUGUCUCGAGUAA